CCCUCCUCAUCCGCCAGCAUGACGCUCCCUCCGCUCUCACGCCGUCUUUCUUCCACUCCACUCUUUGACUUUGCUUUCUUAACUUCCCCGCCACGCUGAUAAUCUCUCCUCUAUUCCUCUCUCUCUCUCCACCCCCCCAUUCCUCCCCCAUUCCUCCCCCCCUCCCGCGACGGAUAAGACAUGAGCGCCGCGAGGACGAGGAGACGGAUUAUUGCGCGCCGCUUCUGACAGCUGAACUCCAUUGGCAAUGCCUUGGUCCCCACUCUGAUGAGACGAUGAGAACCUACACCCGUGGGGCCCCCACAGUCUUCUUCAUAAGUCUUCUGUGGCCCCUGCUCGUCCCGGCGGUGGUGGCGACAACAGAAGGGGACCCCAGCGAAGGAAUCCCCUUCAUGGGAGGCAACUACGAUGGGCACCCAAUGCUGUUCUUCAGUCGGGGGGACGUGGAGGAGCUGCAGUACGCAGCGGCCGGGACUCACCGGGACAUGGCGAGGAGGAUCCGUGAGGCUGGGGAAACCAUGUUGGACCACCCGGAGGAGUACCUGCCCCCCUGGAGCCCGGCAGAGUUCAGCGCUCGCUGGAACGAGGUGUAUGGGAACAACCUAGGUGUGCUGUCCAUGUUCUGCCUGCUGUACCCUCACCGGGCCGGGGCCCUCGACCUGGCCAAGGACUACAUGGAGAGGAUGGCGGCUCAGCCUAGUUGGCUGGUGAAAGACGCCCCCUGGGAUGAAGUUCCUCUGGCGCACUCUUUGGUCGGGUUUGCCACUGCGUACGACUUCCUGUAUGAGUACUUGAACAAGGGCCAACAGGAGCGAUUCCUGCAGGUGAUAGGCAAUGCGUCGCGCCUGAUGUACGAGAAGUCUUACGUCCGAGGAUGGGGCUUCCAGUACCUGCACAACCACCAGCCCACCAACUGCGUGGCUCUGCUCACAGGAAGCCUGGUUUACAUGACCCAAGGUUACCUUCAGGAGGCCUACCUGUGGACCAAGCAGGCCCUGUCCAUCAUGGAGAAGUCCAUGGUCCUCCUUCAGGACGUGACGGACGGCUCCCUGUAUGAAGGCGUGGCCUAUGGGACUUACACCACCCGCUCUCUGUUCCAGUACAUGUUCCUGGUGCAGCGCCACUUCGCCAUUAGCCACUUCAACCACCCCUGGCUCCUCAAACACUUUGCUUUCCUCUACAGGACUAUCCUGCCUGGAUUUCAGCGGACCGUAGCCAUUGCAGAUUCCAACUACAACUGGUUCUACGGGCCGGAAAGCCAACUGGUCUUCUUGGACCGCUACGUGUUGCGUAACGGCAGUGGAAACUGGCUGGCAGAUGUGAUUCAUCAAAACAGGGUGAUGGAAGGGCCAGGGCAGGCUGGGAAGGGCCAGCGGUGGUGUACUCUCCACACAGAGUUCAUCUGGUAUGACCCGAGCCUGAUCGCCAAGCCCCCUUCAGAUUUUGGAACAUCCCAGCUCCACUACUUUGAAGACUGGGGUGUGGUCACGUAUGGCAGUGCUUUGCAUGCAGUUACCAACAACACCUUUGUCUCCUUCAAGUCCGGGAAACUGGGAGGACGUGCCAUCUUCGACAUUGUUCACAGGAACAAGUACAAAGAGUGGAUCAAAGGGUGGAGGAACUUUAACGCUGGCCAUGAGCACCCAGAUCAGAACACCUUUACCUUUGCACCCAAUGGUGUCCCAUUCAUAACAGAGGCACUAUAUGGACCCAAGUACACUUUGUUGAACAAUGCUGUGAUGUUUGGCUCUGCCGUCUCAGGGAGUUGCUUUACGCCGUGGGCUGGACAGGUUACAGAGGCCUGCGACUCCAAGUGGUUGAAGUACAAGCUGGGGCUGGCGGCUGAUGCCCAGGGCAGAGUAGAAGCUGCUAUGGAGAGACAGGGAAUGGUCUUCAUCCGAGGUGAAGGACGUUCUGCUUAUAACCCAGAGCUGAAGAUCAGGAACUUUCAGAGGAACCUGCUCCUUCUUCACCCUCAGCUCCUCCUCCUUGUGGACCACAUCCACCUGGAUCCUGACAGCCCAACCAGGGCCAUGAGUGCCUUCUUUCACAACACAGAGCUGCCAUUCCAGGGCACAAAGGUGGAUGGUGUUCACGGAGCAUUUGUUUCACAUGGUGAGGACAAGUAUAAGAUGUUCUGGAUGGAUGACACUGGCUACAGUAGCAAAGGAGUGAUAGGUUACUGGAAUUACCCUCGAGGGUACCCUUAUAAUGGCUCCAACUACGUGAACAUUACGAUGCCGUUGAGGUUCCCUCACACAAGGGUGGCCUACAUUUUUUUUGGUCCAGGGGUGGAAGUACAGAGCUUCAGCCUGCGUGGUGACAACCAGAGAGUGGAUAUUUACCUGUCCACCAAGGAUCACACUUACACCAUCUAUCUGCUGACAGGAGAAGUCACCAGUAAGCCUCUGUUCUCCAUGGUGCUGCAGGACCACAAGAAGAUCGUAUUCGAGAAGGCGGCAGUAGAGGUUGACAGGUCCCCGGAGGAGGUAGAGGAGUACGUUAACGUGAUGGAGGACAACCUCCAGCACGUCAAGCCUGUCUUCCAGCAGAUGGAGAGACACAUCCUUGGACAGGUUCUCAACACUGCCAGCUUCCGCAAGACUGCAGAGCGCCUCCUGCAGUUCUCUGACAAAAAGAAGACCGAGGAGGUCAUUGAGAAGAUGUUUGCUAUGUCCAAGAAGCAGGGCAAGGGUAAAGGGGGGAAGAAGAUGAACCUUGGGGAGAAGCUUUCUGAAAGUCUCCCUGACAUUUUUGCACAAAUUGAAGUGAAUGAGAAGAAGGAGAGACAGAAAACUUCAAAGCGUACAUAUGAGGACAGUCCAGAAGAGGGGGACACAGACUCGCGGGCCUUCAUGGAUUACACAGACAGUCGCAAAAACAGAAAGGGCGGCUUCGUCAAGGGCCGCAAAUUCAAAGAGGUUCACAUGGUGGCCACAGCUGGGAGCGAGGGUCUCCUUAGCAUGACCUCCUACAUUAGACUCUUCCUCCUUUUGAACACUGCCACCUUCUUUUUACUGCUGGCUGUGUUGCUGACUCGCUUCCAGAGGGGUCGAAGCUUGCACACGCAGAGGUGUUUCUACACCAUCCUUCUGAUCGACUGCUUCAUCUUACUGUACCUAUACUCCUCCUGCUCUCACACACAGUGCUAACAUCACGAGUGGGUGAGGAAUCAUCCGGCCGCCGAUCGAAAGACCUAUUGUUCAUGGUGAACCAACCACACCCACACCUCAGUCUGAGCCAGAUCUUACAGAAGAAUAUUAGGGCUGCUAGUAGAAAAAGAUCUGAGAUUUCAAGAAAGGGUAUUUUGACAAAAAAGUAAUUAUAUUAUAAGAAUAAUGUCUUCGCUUUUCUAGAAAAAGUUAUUAUAUUUCAGAAAUAAAGUUGUAUGUGUACAAGAAAAUACUUGAUUAAAGUCAUUAUUAUUCAAGAAAAAAGUCACAACAUUUCAACAACAAAGUCGAUAAUUUUUUAAGAUGCUUCUGUGAGUAUUCAUACCUAUUUAUAUCUUAGUCAGACACAGUCUGUCAGCUACUACAUGAGAGGUACAAAGGACCUGAAGUCACAAGUUUCAUCUGUAAUCACCUCGUCAGCAUAGAUUUUAUGAUAGUAAAAUGAAAUGAAACCAGUUACAUCAUGUGACAGGAUGUGACAUUUUUCUCAUGCAUCUUAUUUCUGUGAUAUUAUGACUUUUUGCCCCAAACAUAUGUUGUUAUACUAUAUUGUGAUUUGAAUUUUUUAGAUACUGAAUUUUAUUCUUGCAAUAUGAUGACUUUUAUUCUCUGAAUGUUAUAUUUUAUCAUAAUUUAAUGGGCCCGAUCUUACAUUCAGCAUAAAGCAGUGCCAAAUGCAGUGCAAAUCAAAAAUGCACUUACAGCCAUAUGAGCACCCAUGGGCCUGUUGGUGUUAAAAUUAGGUCAGGCUCAUGUUUGCACAUUACUAUCUUGAAGCAGUGGAAAAUAAUUACGUUUCGGACCAACAAAUAAAACCUCUAAGGUCAGUGGUGCAGCAAUUCACUAUUAUUUCAAGGUGCAUUAUCAAGAUAGUCAUAUGCAUCUACAUUGGCAGGUGAACAAUGAGCACACACUCUGCCUGUUACACACACAGAUAUCGAUCCAACAGCAAGAUCAUCUAGCUUUUAAAGGGAAUGGGAGAUGGCACUCUGAUUGGUUUAUUGCAUGUUACACCUAAAACACCUAAUUCAGAGGGUUAAAUAAAACCUUUUUGAACCAAGCAAACUCCCCCCCCCCAAUACAAAAAAGUUGAUUUGAGCACAUUGUAAAUGCACUUGCACAGUGAUCUUAGGUCAUUUAAACAAAGCCCUAGGUCUUUCUUUAAAUGAUGACUUUAUGCUCAUUAAUAAUGUGACUUUUAUUCUCAGUAUAUAACCCUUAUUCUUGUAGUAUUAUGACUUUUAUUCUCAUACAUUUUGACUUUUUCUUAUGCAAAUUAGCCUCGGGGGGCUUAAGGAUAUUCAUCUGAAAAUUCUUGUGACUUCUCAUAACAUUAAGACUUUUGUUCUAAUAAUAUUGUGACCAUUUUCUUGAUUCUAGAGCUUUUUUCCUCACAAUACUUGUGAGGACCUUUUCUGCCAAAAUAUUCAGAUUUUCUUUUUGGAUUGACAGAUUUCCUCGUCCUUACAGUGGCCCAGAUACUUACAAGAUGUACCAAAUGGGUGUUCAGGAGAAAAAAAAAAAACUUCUUCUGAAUAGGAAUUGAUGAAUUGCCAAGAUGAAACCAGAUCACCUCUGAUGUAAUGAGCUUCUGUGGAGCUUUAGAACUGAGUCUGUGUGAAGUUUGUCGUGUUCAGGGGACCUUCCUCGUGUCAAAGAUCUUGAGGCUAGCCACUAUAAAGCAGUCGCCUCAGCUGUACUUGAGAUUUGUCCUGUCUAAAUAGUUCAUAGAAAUACAUUGAAAUGUAUAUGUAUAUAAAUAUAUGUGAAAGCAAGAUAUAUUUUUUAUGGUCUGUUUUUUUUACCAUUUGUAAAUAAAAUUAUCACAUGCA